UGACGCACGCUCUCAGUUAGUAAAAAUCUGCGAUGCGCAACAUUUGGCUAAGAAUUCUCUCCUCGGUAGUCGUUUUUGGCUUCCUCAGUAGUUCAGUGGCCAACGGUCAACGCAGACCCGUUGCAGAUUUCAAAGUUGAUCCCACCAUCGCUAGGGAUCGUCAAAAUGCAAAAUGUGUAGCAGAGUGGUACGCGAAGGGUGCCGUUGGAAACCCAUUCGGAUGCCAGGUGGGACUGAAGUACUUCGACCAGAUGGAACCGGACACCAAACAGGCAGCAAAUUCGCUUCCCACAUCGACGUUCCAGAUUCGGAUGUGGCCAAAGGGGGUGGUUCCGUAUGUCUUUGGAGCAGAGUUCACCGAACUGGAGGAAUUUCUCAUAGAUCACGCCAUAUGGCAAUUCAACACGCAGACUUGCAUCCGUUUCGUUCCGCGAACUAAUCAACCGUAUUAUGUGACGUUCACGAGUGACGAGUCAGGCUGUUGGUCCUACACAGGACGGUACCAGAACAAUCAAUGGAAUCGAGUGAAUCUACAGCCACCGUGCUUCUCUCAGGGACCUGGGAUGGUUGUGCAUGAGUUGAUGCAUGCAAUUGGGUUCCAUCAUGAGUUUAUUCGCCCGGACCGAAGCCAAUACAUAUGGGUUAACCAAAGCGCCACGUUUAGCUGGACCGCAGUGGCGAAGAACUUCGAGGUGAAGAAGUCCGAAGAAUCGGAGGUUUACGGCACUAAUUUCGACUAUGGAAGCGUGAUGAUGUAUUCGCGCUUUGCGGCAGCCGGUGGGUCCGACUAUCCCGUAAUGGUCAAUUUGAAACCAUGGGAUCCCGAGGAGGAUUUUGGCAACCGAACUGGUUUCUCCUAUAGCGAUCUAAUCCGCGUCAAUUACAUGUACUGCAAUGGGACGAAGUGGGACAUUGCCACUCGUAAGCCAUUUUCUCUACCAAUCCCACUGGAUGACGGAAAGGACCAAGCACCCGAGCGUCCUAGACCGCCGAAGGAUUACCCACCCCAGUACGCAACCAUUGGAGAUUUGCAGUACGACGAUUGAUCCCCGCCUUUUGGUUGAGCCCUCCUGGCAGUAAUUGCUCGUGACAAGGACUACUACCCUGAAGAACGUCGAGUCGACCGGGGUCGUCGUAAUUAAACCAAUAAAAUUUUCCACACAUGCGA